AUGGAACAAUUCCGGCAUAUUGGAGAGGUUUUGGGUAGUAUUAAGGCCCUGAUGGUCUUACAAGAUGGUAUCAAGAUCAAUCAAGGGCAGUGCUGUUUAUUGCUUGAUAUUUUCACGUCGGCGUUUGAGACGAUAGGGGAGGAGAUCAGGAUGAACCUGAAACUGGAGGAGAAAAAGACCAAAUGGAAGGGUCUAGAUCAGCCUUUGAGGGAGCUCUACACAGUUUUCAGAGAAGGCGAGAUUUACAUCAGGAACUGCAUGGAUACCAAAGACUGGUGGGGCAAAGCAAUUGCCCUCUAUCAGAACAAGGACUGUGUCGAAUUUCACAUACACAACUUGUUCUGCUACUUCCCGGCUGUGAUUGAGGCGAUUGAGAACGCUGGAGAGAUUGCGGGGCUCGAUCAGGAUGAGAUGAAGAAGAAGAGGAUUGUGCUUAAGAGGAAGUAUGAUACGGAGUGGAAUGAUCCGACACUGUUCCAGUGGAGAUUUGGGAAGCAGUAUUUGGUGCCGAAGACGAUGUGCAAAAGGUUGGAGAGUGCUUACAGGGAAGAUAGAUGGAGGCUCGUUGAAGCUCUAAAUGAGAAGAAAAUUGCAGGUGGUUUGACAAAGAAUGAGCAGCAGCUUGGAGACUUGCUGCUCAAGAAACUACACGGCGCAGAGUUUUCAAGUGGGAAACUGUUUCCGAGCUCAAUAUUAGUAGGAGCUGAGGAGUACAACAUCAAGCGGCGGUUAGGAAAUGGACGGCAGUACAAGGAAAUCCACUGGUUGGGGCACAACUUUGCCAUGAGACACUUCUUUGGGGAACUUGAACCUAUGAGGUCUGAGAUUUCGACUCUCCUCUCACUCUCCCACCCCAAUGUACUGCAAUACCUUUGCGGCUUUUAUGACGAAGAUAAGAAGGAAUGCUUUCUUGUUAUGGAGUUGAUGAGUAAGGAUCUCCGCUGCUAUAUGAAGGAGAAUUGCGGCGCAAGAAGGCAGAUCUUGUUCUCUCUCCCAGUAGUUGUUGAUAUCAUGCUUCAGAUUGCAAGAGGCAUGGAGUACCUCCACUCCAGGAAGAUCUACCAUGGAGACUUGAACCCCUUCAAUAUCUUUCUCAAGGCAAGGAGCUCCACAGAAGGUUUCUUUCAAGCAAAAGUCUCAGGUUUUGGUUUGUCAUCUUUACAAAACAAACCUACCUAUCGAAACUCACAGCAACAACAGCAGCAGAAAAAUGAAAUUGACCCUCUGAUUUGGUGUGCCCCGGAAGUCCUAGCUGAGCAAGAACAAACAGGAAAUACCAAUGUCCGCUCCAAAUUCACAGAGAACGCAGAUGUAUACAGCUUUGGGAUGCUUUGCUUUGAGCUCUUGACUGGGAAGAUUCCUUUCGAAGAUUCACAUCUCCAAGGGGACAAGAUGAGUCAGACUAUAAGAGCAGGAGGGAGGCCUCUAUUUCCCUUCCCUUCACCAAAGUACCUUGUAAAUCUAACCAAGAGGUGCUGGCAGACUGACCCUUCUCAGCGCCUGAGUUUCGCAUCCAUUUGCAGGAUCUUGCGCUACAUCAAGAAAUUCCUAUCCAUGAAUCCUGAUGUUGAUCAGCCAAUACUGCAGUCCCCUCCCACGGACUAUUGUGAAAUAGAGGCAUGGUUCCAGAAGCAGUAUAAGGCAGGAGGCCAUGCUGAUGCAGCCUCCGUAUCACAAAUUCCAUUCCAAAUGUUUUCUUAUAGACUUGGAGAGAAGGAGAAGACUCCAGGCCUGAUCAGGGCUGAAGCAGAAGCCAAUAUUUCCAUGAGUGACAGUCUCACCGUUAUAGAUGAUACAAGGUCUUUCUGCUCUGAUGCAAGGUCACUUUAUGAUGUGAGAUCAGUUUUCUCCGAGGCGCCAACCAAGAGAAGUCUAGCUGCAAAGAAGCGUUCAGAAGUGAGGGGUAGAAAAGCCUCAGGUCACACAGGUUCAUCAGAUGCACAAACAACAGCAAGAAUUUCAUUGCCUAAACUUCCAACACCAAAGCUCUCAUCACCAAGACUCUAUUCCCCGAAACUUCCAUCAGCAAAACCCCAACCCUCGAAAGUUCACACGCCAAAAAGCUCAUUUGGUCGCAGUUCAAAGACUAACAAGACCAGUCCACCACUGAGUUGUAUGAGCCCCAGACGUUCUCCCUUGCAGAAACAUUUUGGUGUGGAAAACUUCAAUCAACAUAAGCUUGAUAUGAAAAAUCCUUCUAUUUCUACUCCAGUAAAAGAAAAGCUGUCUUCUGCUUUGUAUCUCCAAAUCAGCACCAUCAGCCAGGCGUUGAUAUUUGUUACUCGGUCCAGGGGAUGGUCAUUCACAGAAAGACCAGGGCUUUUGCUUGUAGUAGCCUUCAUCAUUGCUCAACUGACUCCAUUUACUAGCAAAAAGGAUUUUGGGAAGAAAUCUCGUGAGGUUGCAUGGGCAGCUGAACAACGAACACUACAUGGACUGCAAUCUACUGAAGGAAAAUUGUUUGCAGAGAAGAGCGCUUUUAGGGACAUUAAUCUCAUGGCAGAAGAAGCUAAAGGGCACACAAAGAUUGCAAGGUUGAGGGAGCUUCACACUCUCAAAGGAAAGGUGGAAUCAUUUGCAAAGCUGAAGGGUUUAGAUAUUGAUGCCAUGAACCAAAACUACACCAUCUAA